UGCAUGGGCAUCUUGGGAAGUUCCGGUCGAAGCAGCGCCAUGUACUGUAGGUGAAGCACCUCUCUCGCCCUGUAGGGUCGAGCACUGGCACCGGCAGGUAAACCAUGGCUUGGCAAAGUCUGCCGUAGUGAACCCGAACUUCACUACGUACUCAAUUUGUAUGGCCGCUCAAAACACGUUCACGAAGAACUUCACUGAUUUCCACUCCCAACGUCCCUCCCUUCCGCAUCCACUGUCCAACGACACACUCCAUUGCCACGAUGUCGACAGAAAUGGAAGUCGACACCGCCCCGCCAGUGUCCGAAGAACCCAAGGACGGCGAGUCCUCCCCUACCGAAAAGAAACCCAGCGCCGGCACCGAAGCGCGCACGAUCCAAAAUGCAGUCGCCGUCCGUAGUAUUGAAGGCUGGAUCGUCAUCGCGACCAACAUCCACGAAGAAGCCACCGAAGAGGACAUCACGGACCUGUUCGCCGAGUACGGGGACAUUAAAAACUUGCAUCUCAAUUUGGAUAGACGAACAGGUUAUGUCAAGGGCUAUGUCCUAAUAGAAUAUCCUACACAAGUCGAAGCCUCUGCAGCCAUCAAAGCUUUGAACGGAACGAAACUUCUCGAUCAGACUAUAUCCGUGGACUAUGCUUUCGUGCGACCACCGCCGAAAGAGAAAGGACGUGCGGGUGCGGGAAAGGCGAAUGAUCGUCGCGGUGGAAGGGUUGGCCGAAGUCGUAGCCGGAGCAAGAGCAAGAGCAGAAGUCGGAGUGCGGAGAGAACAAGAGCUGAUGAAGAGCCGGACAAAAUGGAGAGGGACUGAAUAUGUGCAACGACAUCUUUAUCUCAGCUCACCCCAUCCGGAGGAGGCAAGAAGUCGAAACACCAUGUCGUGUGGGACCCUCGAUAUUCCGCGAAAGUCGGCCA